AUGCCGUUUGAGACAUUAGAUGCCCAUGGCAGCUGUAUUAUGGAACUGGAGGCCACGGACGCGCGCUAUCCGACGGCACGAGUCGAGGAUAGAAUUCUGAUCCUUAGGGGCGGCCUUGUUGACAACGUUCAGCUUAUUUGCAAGGAAUACGUGCCAAGCGGGGCCAGCGCAGAAGAGCUGGAAGCCGUGUACGUCUCUUGGCGAAAGUUCGCUAGAGAUGCGGUGAAGCGAAAGGAGCUUGAAGAGAGGGAUGCCUACGAAUAUGUCCAAGAUCACACGAAAGCAACCGAGAGACAUUGGAUUAGGUUCCUGUCAGUCAUGAGCGACAAAGCGGAUGACCUCAAGGGCUACUCUCGCAGUGACAGUAGCUUCGAGAAGAGGAGGAGGAAGGAGAGGGAAGCUAACCGAGAUCGGGACUCAACCCCAUUUAGCCAACUCAGGCUCAAUUACAAGCUCGCCCGCUCAUACCUCCUUCCGCCGUCGCAUUCGCCGAAGCAAAUGCAUGGCAAUCGCCGGAUCCACGAUCUGUUCCAGAGAAUUGGCGUUGGGCGUCGCUUGUGCAUUACGAUGAGAGGGUCUCUGGCUUUAAUACCUGCGGAAGCUGAGAAAGGUGAUCUAUUUGGGCUUUUCCACGGCGCCUCGUUCCCUUAUGUGCUGAGGAAGCAUGGUGAAGAAGAAGACCACGUGCUGGUAGGCGAGGCAUGGGUGCCGCGUUAUUCCUCUGCCUACGGAGAGAGAUUAGCCAAAGAAGAGUGGGGGAUCAAGAUGAAUGCGACGAUCAGGUUGUGCUAG